CAAUUUUACUACAAUAGCAGUCCGUAAUCGUUGCGAUUGAACUUGAAAAAUGGAGGAAGAUUUCACUUGUAUUUCCUGUAAACAGUUGGCUCUGCCGGGAGGAGAAGUGCAAGAAGGGAAUCUUCACAUUAUAAUAGAAGAUGGAAAAAUAACUGCGAUCUUGGAUCAAGAAACAGACUUUGUGAAAGGAGCUGUAGAUAGACAUUAUGCUGAGAUUGUUACUCCUGGAUUUAUUGAUAUUCAUCACCAUGGAUUAGGUGGAGCUGAUGAUCUUUUGAUGUUCUGGCAACAUCCUGAGUAUACCCAGCAGAGAUUGCCAAAGUACGGUGUGACAUCCUUCCUAGCAUCUACUGUCUUUCCGGAGGACUUAGAGGGUGGCAAAGUCUUUGAAACACUCAGAAUUCUGGAGGGUAUCGUUGGCAAGACGGAUCGAGGAUCAACAUGUGAAGGCAUUCAUGCAGAGGGUCCUAUAGUCAAUGAUUUUGGUGGCCUACCCCCUGGUGAUCAAAGGAUGUCUAUAGAUCAGUUCACCCAUCUUCUUGAUGCCAUGCCUAGCUGUAAGAUGAUGACCAUCAGCCCUCACGUAGAUGCUCAGGACGACUACCAAAGAACAAAGAUUCUCCUCCAAAGAGGUAUUGUUCCUGCUCUUGGCCAUGACAGGGUAGCGAAAGAAGCUGAAAUCCUUGGUGCUUUGAAAUUAGACACAUCUCAACAAUUCCAUAUCACUCAUCUCCUUAAUGUAUGCAAUUUCCAUCACAGAAAUCCCAGUCUUGUCAAUUUUGGACUGACAGAUCGCUUUCCUAUGUUGCCUGGGUACCAUCAUCUAGCCCCGCCCACAAUUGAAAUCAUAGGUGACCUCUGUCAUGUGCAUCCACUUGCUGUUUCUAAUGUACUAAGUGCAAGACAUUACAGUCAGAUUGCAUUCAUUUCAGACUGCACUGCUGAAGCAAUCCCUAAUAUGAAGAUGUCAUAUAGUAAUAGAGAUAUGCAGGUUUCAGCUGAUGGUAAAUGUUUGGUGGUGAGCGGUACAACGACGCUAGCAGGAUCAUGCUGCUCAUGUCUAGAUGCCUUCAGAUCCCUAGUCAAAGUCUUUCAGGUUGGAUUAGGAAAAGCUGUGGCUAUGGUAGCAGAGAACCCAGCUAGGAUCGCCAAACUCAAAGGAGUCGGUCAAAUUGAAGUUGGAAAGCGAGCCGAUCUUCUUCUCUUUGACAUUGACCUCAAUCUCAAGAAAACGUUUAUCUGUGGUAACAUCGCAUACACUGCAACGUGAGAAGAAUAAAAAAAUGAUAAGUGUAGGUUUCUUGGGUAUUUUGCAUUCCAUUUUACAACAGUUUUGUGAGUCAAUUAUUUCUGUUGUUAUGCAUUGAUUGUUCAACCACUGCCAUAUAUUCUGAUGUAACCUAAUUAUGCUGUAAAGGAAAAGUUAAGGAUACUAUAUUGUGCUAUUUCGCCCAUCACAUCUUUAUGUUAACAUCAGGGUAGUCAAGGCUGGUACUUCCGAGUCAUGACGCCAGAGUGGAAAACCUCCCAUAGAAGUUGCACAUGUGACUCAGGCCAAGGCAACCAAAAUGUGGCCUCAAGACCACGCUCAAUAUCAUCCCUGGUUGAAAUCCCUCAGUAUGGAUUGAUUGUGAUGAUAUUAUGAAUAAAUUACCAUAUACAUGAUAAUGCAAUAAGUUUGAGAGGGUGCCAAUUUACCCCCCCCCCCAUGCUUGUAGGGAAUAAUGUAGUACUUCAAUAUAGUUCUGCAUGAAAUAUUCAUGAUUUGGCUCAGUUAACACAUAACUUGAAUAGGACAUAAGUGCGCCAGCUUCAUUUUCAUUUUGUUUCUCCAUUUCACCGUUUUCAUUAGAAUAUUUUGAAACCUAG